GGACAUUCUAUAAUAGGUGUUGUUUCCUAUUUUGGGCAUUGUGACUGAUUAUUGGCAGAAUUUGAGGAGUAGGACAUUUAUUGUUUAAGGGAGUCAAUGUCUCCGCCUCUGGCCAGAUCUCUUCCAGCCCUGCUCAGCCACUGGUGGCACCAGCUGAGGUUUCGCCAUGAGAACAAGAAAGGAUGGGACGAGAUGUUGGAUGAGACAUAUCUGCUUCACAUCAAACUCACAAAUGACAUUCCUCUCUUCUAUGCGGCUAAAACAAAUAACAUUGCCUGUAUCAAGAAACUGCUAAGCUCUGCAUCCACUAACAUCUUUGAAAGAGGUGCUCUUGGAGAGACAGCGCUUCAUAUUGCUGUGAUGAAUGAUAAUGUGGAGGCAGCAGUGGCUCUGAUGGACGGGGCUCCUGAACUCAUCAACGAGCCCAUGACCUCUGAGCUUUUCAAAGGUGUCACUCCUCUCCACAUUGCUGUGGUGAAUCAGAACAUCAGUUUGGUCCAUCACCUCAUUAGUCAUGGUGGUGAUGUGGCUACACCUCGAGCCACCGGGCUGUACUUUCAGAAGAGGAGAGGAGGACUCAUUUACUUUGGUGAGCAUGUCCUAUCUUUUGCUGCAUGUACUGGGAAUGAGAACAUUAUCUCUAUGGUCGUUAACACAGGGGCCAGCACCCUUGUCUCAUGUCUACUUUUUCCUCUUCUUGUCUUCUCUCUAGGCAACACAGUGCUUCACAUUUUGGUUCUGCAGCCCAACAAGGUAGCUGCGUGCCAGUCCAUCGACCUGAUAAUGACACGAGAUGCAGAGCUGCAGGAGCCAGUGCCACUUGACAUGGUGCCCAACCUCCAAGGCCUUACACCAAUGAAAGUGGCUGCCAAAAAGGGAAACAUUAUGGUAUUUCGACACCUGGUUAAUAAAAGAUAUGUGUUCCUGUGGCGCCGGGGCUCUUUCUCUUCUAAGCUCUAUGACCUGACAGAGAUCGAUUCCUGGGCUGACAACAUGUCUGUGCUGGAGCUUAUUGUGAGGAGCCACCACAAAGAGGCGAUGUUGCUGCUGGAGGUGACCCCAGUGAAGCAGCUGGUCAGUCUGAAGUGGAACCUGUAUGCAAAACAUUACUUCAGGCUCCUGAUGAUUGUGUAUCUGCUCUACAUCUCGAUCUUUACAACAUGUUGUUUUUAUCGCCCUCUGAUGGACAUGCCAGAGAACUACACAAAACCAAGCUUAGACAAAACCAUCUCAUUCAAAACCAUCUAUAUCCAGAAACCACUCAAGGAAAGUUAUGUGACACCUCAGGACAAAGUGCGACUGGCAGGCGAGAUCGUCAGCCUCCUGGGAGCUGUUGCCAUUUUGUUGCUUGAGGCCCCCGAUAUAGUGAGAUUUGGAGUAAAGCGUUAUUUUGGCCUGAGUGCACUGGGAGGCCCCUUCCAUGUCAUCCUUAUCACCUUCGCAUGUUCGGUACUGUUGCUGCUGGUGUUCAGAGUCUGUGAUGUGCAACGAGAAGGCGAUGUGAUGGCAGUGUGUUUGGUUUUCUGCUGGUGCAAUGUCAUGUUCUUCUCUCGAGGAUUUCAACUGAUUGGUCCUCAUGUCAUCAUGGUACAGAAGAUUAUACUUGAAGAUCUGGGGACGUUUAUGUUGCAGUUGUUCAUUCUCACAAUUGCUUUUUCCAGCGGCAUAUGGAUAGUGUAUAUGACCCAGGACCCUGCUGCUAUGCCUACGUUUGUCAACUUCCCCAUUAUUCUUUACACUGAGUAUGAGUAUUGUUUGAGCAUGCUGAAUAUUCUUUGGGACCCCACCAUCUAUACACCACCCAUGGCUUUUGUGUUACUCGUUGUCUUCUCAAUAAUCGCUGGCGUCCUUUUUGUAAAUCUACUGAUAGCCAUAAUGACUGAUACAGAGUGGGAUGUGUCGCAGGACAAAGAUCUGCUUUGGAAAAUUCAGGUGGUGUCUACAAUUUUAAUGCUGGAAAGGAAGCUGCCGCGCUGUCUGUGGCCUCGUCUUGGGGAAUGUGGACUAAAAUACGGCCUGAAGGACACCUGGUAUUUCAGGCUUGAAGAGACAAAUGACCAAAUAAUACAAAAUAUGAGACAAUACUUCUCAAAGCAAAAUGAAAGAAAGAAAAAGGAAAGCCUAGACAAGACUGGCCCAGUAAAGGGGGCGUUCUUCAGGAUCCCUGAUCCCAAACCUCAAAACGUUGACAGGAAGGCUAAAAGGGUGGCACCUGAUUCAUCGCAGCACUUUGGAUUUGGAGAUGAAGCUGAAAUAUUUGGAGGACAAAGACUUUAACCCUAUGUAUAUACAGUAUGUCUAUGAUAUGAUUCUGUCUGUGAGCUUGAAAUGCAUUUCUGUGCAUUUUCAU